AUGGAUAUACUGGGUGCGAUGCUGAACGAAGGCUUAUAUAUAGGACCUCCGGAGCGGAUACUGAUCUAUCAUGGCGGCACGGGAAAGGUGAUAUUUUUGGGCAUGUUGCGCAUCACGACAAUCUUCCUUUUUGGAGUCUCAUGUCUCGUAGUCGCUCCGGCCUUCUACUCUGACGAGUACCCAUGGUAUAUCGCGCCGGCUGUGAUCGUCGGAGGUGCGUUACCCAUGUUCUUCGUCGCCUACACCUCUGCCCCGUUCGUCAACUUCGUACAUCUUGCCCUCCCAGUCUUUGCUCGCCGCUCGCGGGAACAGACCCUCCAGUAUGCGAAGAACCUACCUCCUACAGCGACACUGUACAUCAAUACUAUGAAGUUUACUACAAUUCCCCGGCAAACAGAGGUGCGGCUAGGGGACCUAGUUCCUGAGAAGGCUCUACUGCGACCAGUGAGCUUUCGGAAUGCGAAUCCUGCCCCUCUUCCCUGGUGGGCAGGCAGGACACUGAGGCAGUUUUACACAGGGGCGAAGAGUCAGCCUGGGAAGGUCUCAUCGACAUUCUAUCCUGAACUAUGGGAGCAUGUAUACAAGCAGAUCCAAAAUCCUUCGCGAACAAGGCGGAGUUAA